CAUAUUAAUUUUUUUUUUGACAGUCUUGUAGUACUAUGCUAAUUAGUUUCUCCAUAAUGUUACCUUGCUUGUCAAGGUUUGUGCUUUGGGGUUACGGUAUUAAAAUAGUUUAGUGCCUUGAGAGUAUAAAAUUAUAGAAUUUAAAAAUUAUUACUUUUUUUUAGUGAAAGUUAAAAGUUAGUUGUUGUUGUUUUUAAAGAUGGGUUUGACUUUAAAGAAUAUUAAUUUAUUGCUGUUUAUUCUAAGAAUUGUGUUGGUUAUACUACCCUUUCCUGGCUAUAUACAUCCUGAUCAAUACUUUCAAUCAACUGAGGUAAUGGCAGGUGACAUUCUUCAUAUAAAAUCAGAUUUAACUUGGGAGUGGAAUAGUCUUUAUCCUAUUCGAAAUAUAGUUUUUCCUGCUCUCUCAUCUGGAAUAAUGUUUUGGUUGGCUAAGUUUGUAAAAAAUUACCUUUUAAACUUUGAUUAUACACCAUAUUUGCUGCUGAUUUUACCUAGAAUCAUGAUGCUCUUGGUAACUGUUUUGAUAGAAAAGUUAUUUCUUAUAAUAAUUUGUCAAGAGAAAUUAAAAAUUCGAAAAAUGUGUAUCUUUUUGUUUCGCUCAUCUCAUGUUAGCCUUAUUUUUUUCACAACUACGUUUUCAAAUACCUUUGAAACAUUACUGUUUGCAUUAAUUUUUUACCAGUCAAGGUGUUUGACUAAAGCAAUAAGAAAAAGCAAUGAUAGAGUUUAUAUUCAAGUCUUUUAUAUUGGAUUAACAACAGCAUUUGGUUUCUUUAUUCGACCUUCAUUUCUUGCCUUUGCUUUUUAUCCUCUUCUGCAUGUUGCCAUCAUAACUGUAAUUUUAAAGUCAUUUUUUCAAGUUAUAGUAAUUGCUAUUAAGUUCUUUUUUCUUUUUUCUGCUGGACUUCUUUUAGGUACUUGCUUCAAUGUUUUUAUUGACACUGCAUACUUUUCAAGAAUGAAUACGAAUAGUUGGGUUUUAACACCAUUGAACUUUAUAAAAUAUAAUGCUAAUGUAACUCUUUUGCAGAAGCAUGGGUUACACCCAAGGUUGUUGCAUUUUGGAGUUAAUAUGGUUUUGCUGUUUGGGCCUUUGUAUUUGUGUUUCAUAUUUUUAUUGAUGAAGAAAAUAAGUAGCAAAGAAGCACGAUUAUCUACCUCUAAAGAGUUUUUAUGCUUUGUUUUAUGUUCAACUCUAGUUCCUGUUUUUAUAAUGUCUACUGUUCAACAUCAAGAACCAAGAUUUAUUUUGUCUGUUAUAAUACCCUUAAUUAUUUCAGUAGUUGUGCUAUCAAUGAAAAGGCUAAAUGUGUUUUUUUUUUCAACUUGGAUAAUGUUUAAUAUAUUAGGAGCUUUUUGGUAUGGUUUUGCUCAUCAAGGGGGUAUAGUUCCAGCAUUAUCUCAAAUAUAUAUAGAUCAAAAAGAUACAAGUUUACAUCAUAACCAUUUUGUUUUUUGGAAGACUUAUAUGAUUCCUAAGCAUCUAUUAGCUCUUUCUAAACAUGAUAAGAACACUCACAUUUACGAUUUAGCAGGUGCAGAUAUUGAUGUAUUUUUAAACAAGCUGCAAUCCCUUCAAGAGUUUUCAAAAGUAAACAAGAAAGCUUUACCUAAAUCCAAACAACCAAAAUGUAAAAGCUAUGAGACAUUAAAAAAAGCACUUAAAGAUGCUUUUGAAAUUACAUUUCUUUACUUAUAUUGCAAAUAUAGUUGAACCUUUUCUGAACAAAUACCAGACAGAUUGUCCAAUGGUUCCAUUUUUAUACUUUGAUGUAAAGGAAAUAAUAAUAAAGUUGCUUGAAGUUAUUGCAAUACCAGAUGUCCUUGAAAAAUGCAGAAGCUGGAAAAAAUUGAAAGAUCUGGAUCUUUGACUAAUAAUCUGUUCCUGAUAAGAAGCUUAACGCUGUAUUUUCUUUUUCUGAAGAACUACAUCAUCUGAAAAAGAAUAAUUUGAUAACAUUGUCUUAAAUCAAAGAGUUCUUUAAGGUGGCUAAGAAAUUUGUUGUUUUAAUGGUGAAAAGCUUCAGUGACAAAUCUCUAUUGAAUUAUUCAUUGAUAAGCACAUUCAGUAUCUUUAACCCUAAUGUCUUGAUGAAGUUGACAAAACAAAAAUUGGUUAAUCCUUUGAAAACUUUUCUUGAGUACUUCAUGAGUUUAAGGAUUUUAUCACCACAGCAAUGUGACUUGGUGUUAUCUCAGUUUAAAAAUUUUAUGGAUAAUGAAGUCAAAGCCAUAAAGCAAUUGUUUUUUAAGUUUAUUCAUCCAAAGGACUGUCUUGAUGGUUUUUACUUUCAACAUGCCUUUGUCAGCAAUUACAUUGAAUUGACUUGUUGCUGUUAAGCGUAGUUUUAUCAUAAACAUUUUUUCUGAUAAAACAAACAUGACACCUUCAAGUAUUAUCUCCCGGAGAAUCAUAAAGAACCAUCUAAUUGCCAAUGAUUUAAAACCGCACACAGACCAAAUCAAUGCACCAUUGGUCAAAGAUUUUCAAUCAGCCUAUCAAAAAUAUAUGAGUUGGAAAAUGUUAAAAAAGAGAAAGAGAAAACAGAGUAAGAAUACAAAAAUAAUGCAUAUCACAGCCCACCUUGAAAAAUUAAAUCAAAAGGUUAUGAUGGAAAAUAAGAUUACAGAGUGUAUGGAACUUGUGGAGAAAAAAAUUGACCAUUUGUUACGUUAAGAAGGGAAAUGGGUUAAAAAGAAAAAGUAUUGAAACUAAACAAGAGGUUGAGUUAAUAGAAAAACAAAUAGAAGAAAUUAAAAAUAAGAAGAAAAAAAUUUUAA